AUGGCCACCGGACACCCCAACCUUCACAGCUUUCCCAACAGCGAUGAGCUAGCUGCGCAAUUGCGAGGCUAUGUCCUCCGCUGCCAGAACUCCGCUUUUUCCCGACAUGGCACUUUCCGCCUCGCCGUCUCCGGUGGCUCCCUGCCUGCCAUUCUAGCUAAAGCUCUCCUCGCCCCGAGCAAUGGCUCCCCGGAAGAUACUCCCCAAUUCUCCAAAUGGCAUAUCUUCUUCGCCGACGAGCGCGCUGUACCGCUCGAUGAUGAGGAAAGCAACUAUCGCCUGCUGAAAGACGAGCUCGUCUCCAAGAUCCCCGCCAAGUUCGGCUCACCUGUCGUCCACGCCAUCGACGAAAAGCACAUUGGGGAUGACGAUCCCCAGGAACUCGCAGAUCUCUACCAAGAAGACCUGAUGCGCGAGUUUGCCUCCAAGGAAACUGUCAAAUUGCCCGCCUUCGAUCUCAUCCUUCUGGGCUGCGGUCCCGAUGGCCACACCUGCUCGCUCUUCCCUGGCCACGCCUUGCUCCGCGAGAAGGAUGCUUGGGUUGCUGCUGAGACAGACUCCCCCAAGCCCCCGCCUAAGCGCAUCACCCUCACUCUGCCUGUUGUUACCCACGCUCUCAAUAUUGCCUUUGUCGCGACGGGUGCGGGCAAGAAGGGAAUCCUGAAGAAGAUCUUUGAUCUUGAGGAGGGCUCUAGUCUGCCUUCCACUCUGGUCAACCAGGGCGCUGGUGAAAAGGUGACCUGGUUCACGGAUCACCCGGCAGUGGAUGGUGUUUCAUUCCCUCGUCGUGGGAGUCUUUAA